AUGAAUUCCGAAAAAAGAAAACGAGACCAAGAUGAAGCGGCCAUCGAAAAGGAGGCGAAGCAGGCAGCACUAUCGCACGAGGCCUACUCUGUAGGCUGGGUAUGCGCCCUCUCCAAGGAGCAAACUGCCGCGAUUGCAAUGCUCGACCAACGCCAUCCUAAUAUUCCCAACAUGCAGCCCCCGACCGACACAAAUGCGUACACCCUUGGAUCGAUAGGUGGUCACAACAUCGUGAUAGCCUGCUUGCCCAAAGGCCAAAUUGGCGUUGUCUCGGCAGCGACUGUAGCCACGAACAUGGUGUCGACUUUCCCGUCCAUCAAGAUUGGGCUCAUGGUGGGGAUUGGUGGCGGCAUUCCAUCCAACAAGGUCAGACUCGGCGAUGUUGUUGUAAGCACUCCUACAGGAACACACCCAGGGGUGGUGCAGUGGGAUCUUGGGAAGGCGAAAGAGGGCGGCAAUUUCGAACGAACAGGAUCUCUCAAUAACCCGCCCACUUUCCUACUGACAGCAUUGACGAAGUUGGAAACUGCGCACGAAAUGCAAGAAUCAAAAUUCGACGAAUAUUUAGAAGAGCUCGGGAGCAAAUUUCCCAAAUUGGCUUCGAGAUACUUGCGGUCUGAAGCUCUCCGAGAUGUUCUAUUCAAGGCAGACUGCGUUCAUGUGGAUAUGGACGAUACAUCCUCCUCCGACGAAGAUGAAGCCGAUGCCUGUCGGCGUUGCGACAAGACGAUGGCUAAGGAGAGAAAGUUGAGAGACCCCCGUAUUCAUUACGGAUUGAUUGCGUCUGGGAACCAAGUUAUCAAGGACGGUAUGUUCCGGGAUAAGCUCAAUAAGGAUUUCGGUAAUCAUGUUCUCUGUGUAGAGAUGGAAGCAGCCGGGCUGAUGACGAACUUUCCUUGUAUUGUCAUACGAGGAAUUUGUGACUACGCGGACAGUCACAAGGACAGACAGUGGCAGGAGCAUGCGGCUGCCGUGGCAGCGGCAUGUGCCAAGGAGCUUCUGGCUCAAAUAGAGCCCGGGUCGGUUCAAGCAGAACGAUCGGCGCGACAUAUCCUCAACGAUAGUAAGUAG